AUGCCAAUAACGCCUCCUCUCAGUACAGGCUUCGGCUAUGGCAUCGUACUGGGCCUGGGCUUUGCUUUUGCCCUCGGCAUGAUAACCACCACUUAUGUCCUCAAGAGGUACCAGGCGGAGGUUCAGACCUCGGAGAUGUUCAGCACGGCUGGAAGAACCGUUAAAUCAGGUCUCGUUGCAAGUGCAGUUGUCUCUUCUUGGACCUGGGCUGCCACAUUGCUCCAGUCCUCUGGAGUGGCCUACCGUUAUGGAGUCUCUGGACCCUUCUGGUAUGCAUCGGGUGCUACUGUGCAGAUCCUGUUGUUCGCGACUUUGGCAAUCGAGUUGAAAAGGAAGGCACCUAAUGCUCAUACCUUCCUUGAGGUUAUUCGAGCUCGGUAUGGAGUGUAUGCUCACUUAGUCUUCACCGUCUUUGGUUUGAUGACCAAUGUUCUGGUGACCGCUAUACUGCUAACAGGAGGCUCUGCUGUCGUAACCGCCCUUACAGGCAUGCCGACCGCAGCAGCCUGUUUUCUUUUACCGAUUGGGGUUGUUCUGUACACGAUUGCAGGAGGAAUCAAAGCGACUUUUCUUACAGAUUACGUUCAUACGGUCAUGAUUUUGAUCAUCAUUUUUAUCUUCGCAUUCACAGCGUACACCACCGAUGCCAAUCUUGGAAGUCCCGCUAAAGUUUACGACCUCUUGGUGACGGCUGCGAGGGACCACCCAGUUGCCGGCAACGCCCAGGGUAGCUACCUGACAAUGCGGUCACAAGAAGGAGCCAUUUUCUUCGUGAUAAAUCUCGUGGGAAAUUUUGGCACGGUAUUCAUGGACAACGGCUACUACAACAAAGCCAUCGCGGCGAGUCCUGUUCAUGCCCUUCCCGGUUACGUGAUGGGCGGCCUCAGUUGGUUCGCUAUUCCAUGGCUUGCGGCGACCACGAUGGGCCUCUCGGCGCUUGCUCUGGAAUCUAACCCAGUCUUCCCAACAUUUCCUUCACGAAUGGCGGAUGAAGAUGUUACCGCGGGCUUGGUCCUCCCCUAUGCUGCUGUUGCUCUUUUGGGAAAGGGUGGCGCGGCUGCAACGCUGCUCCUGAUCUUUAUGGCUGUCACAUCAGCCUCCUCUUCUGAAUACAUCGCUGUCAGCAGCAUAUUUACUUAUGAUAUCUACCAAACAUAUUUUAACCCUAGGGCUUCUGGCAAGAUGUUGAUUAACAUGGCUCAUUCUUUUGUGAUCGUGUAUGCCAUUCUACUGGCAGCAUUUUCAACCGGGCUUUACUAUAUCGGCAUUUCCAUGGGUUACCUAUACCUGAUGAUGGGCGUUAUUAUAUCGUCUGCUGUACUUCCAGCAGUUUUGACGUUGAUGUGGAAAAAGCAGAAUGUUUUCGCCGCGACUCUCUCCCCCAUAUUGGGCCUUACUUGCUCCCUUAUUGCUUGGCUUGUGACUGCCAAAAAGGAGUUUGGCAACCUGUCUGUUACGAGCACCGGUAGCAAUAAUCCCAUGCUGGCCGGAAACGUCGUCGCCCUGUUGUCGCCCCUUGUCUUCAUCCCAAUUUUGACCUAUGCUUUCGGUCCCCAGAACUACGAUUACAAAUCGAUGGCUGCGAUUCGUCUGGGCAAUGACGAGGACAUUGCAGCUGCGGCGCAUACAGACCUGGAGGAGAUUCCAGGUGUUACCGGCAUGUCAGCGGCUGACUUUGAAUCGGAACAAAAGAAGCUUCAACGGGCAUCCCUCAUUGCUAAGAGCAUGACCGGGAUCUUGACCCUUGCGCUACUCAUCUUGUGGCCCAUGCCCUUGUACGGUACUGGAUAUAUCUUCAGCAAAAAGUUCUUCACCGGACUGUUCCCGCUUUGGGAAGGAAGGCACAGCAUGGCCAACACAUUCAAGGGUAUUGUACGAGACUUGAGCGGGAAGGGUGGGGCGAGUAUCAGAGGAAGGGCCAUGGAAGGGAGCGACGGGUCGACAUCGCCUAGGGAAGAGAGCGACAAGGUGCGCGAAGUCGCGAUGGAGAAAAAAGAAUGA